UGUGUUCUCCAUUUAUAGAGCAUAGCUCUUUCUAGUCGUGGUAAUGGCCCGUACUAAGCAGACAGCUCGCAAGUCCACUGGCGGGAAAGCGCCUCGCAAGCAGCUGGCUACCAAAGCUGCCCGGAAGAGUGCCCCAGCCACCGGCGGAGUGAAAAAGCCUCACCGCUACCGUCCUGGGACCGUCGCCCUGAGAGAGAUUCGGCGCUACCAGAAGUCAACGGAGCUUCUCAUCCGCAAGCUGCCUUUCCAGCGCCUGGUGCGAGAAAUUGCCCAGGACUUCAAAACCGAUCUGCGGUUCCAGAGCUCGGCUGUUAUGGCCUUGCAAGAGGCGAGCGAGGCUUACUUGGUGGGUCUUUUUGAAGACACCAACCUGUGCGCCAUCCAUGCCAAGCGAGUUACCAUCAUGCCCAAGGAUAUCCAGCUGGCUCGCCGCAUCCGCGGAGAAAGGGCAUAAAAACAUUUCUAUAGCAGUAGGCUCGUAUACUCAGAAACCCAAAGGCUCUUUUAAGAGCCACAACAUCGCCAUUGAAAAAACUGAAUUACGCUAUUUAAACUAGUUAGGCGAAGAUGGGUUAAAAUUGAAUGCCCCGUACGGGUGUGUGUUUUAAGUUUCCGGGCUCAAAACUGGCGCUCUGGCGGAGAGGCAUUUAAUCUAGAAGGAAAACACCAAUUUCACCUUCACCACCCCUUUUAUUAAAAAAAAAAUAUAAACAGGACAACCGAAAUAA